AUGCGGUUCCGAAGGAAUAAACUCUUUGCAUCCGCCGUCGGAGUGGUCCUGGCGCUGGCGUGCGCGCUGGAUGCGGCUAAAGUCAAUAAGCACAAGCCCUGGAUCGAGACGACAUACCAUGGUAUCGUGACAGAGAAUGAUGACAAAGUGCUGCUGGACCCCCCUUUAAUUGCGCUGGACAAGGAUGCGCCACUGCGCUACGCAGAGAGUUUUGAGGUGACCCUCACUAAAGAAGGUGAGAUCUGCGGCUUUAGAAUCCAUGGGCAGAAUGUACCUUUCGAAGCUGUGGUCCUGGACAAGUCCAGUGGUGAGGGGAUCAUCCGAGCAAAGGACAAGUUAGACUGUGAGCUCCAGAAGGAACAUACCUUCACCAUCCAAGCAUACGACUGUGGAGAGGGACCUGACGGUGCCAACAUGAAAAAGUCGCACAAGGCCACUGUCCACAUACAAGUGAACGACCUUAAUGAGUACUCACCAGUGUUUAAAGAGAAGUCCUACAAAGCCACUGUCAUCGAGGGAAAGAAAUAUGACAGCAUCUUGAAGGUGGAGGCUGUGGAUGCAGACUGCUCUUUCCAGUUCAGUCAAAUCUGCAACUAUGAGAUUGUCACUCCGGAUGUGCCCUUUACCAUCGACAAAGAUGGUUUCAUCAAGAACACAGAGAAACUAAACUACGGCAGAGAGCAUAUGUAUAAGCUGACUGUGACCGCUUACGACUGUGGAAAGAACCGUGCCUCUGAGGACGUUCUGGUCAAGAUCAGUGUCAAGCCAACUUGCAAACCCAGCUGGCAAGGCUUCAAUAAGAGGAUUGAAUAUGAGCCUGGCACAGGCAGCCUGGCUCUUUUCCCUAGCAUGCACCUGGAGACCUGUGAUGAGCCAAUCACAUCCAUCAGAGCAACAAUUGAACUAGAAACCAAUCAUAUUGGAAAGGGCUGUGACCGUGACACUUACUCCGAGAAGUCCCUGCACAAGCUGUGCGGAGCCAGCUCGGGAACAGUGGAGCUGCUGCCAGCACCCAGCAGCUCUGCCAACUGGACAGUGGGACUACCCACCGAUAAUGGGCACGACAGCGACCAAGUGUUUGAGUUUAACGGCACCCAGGCUGUAAAGAUUCCUGAUGGCUUGGUGAGCACCAGCCUGAAGGAGCCCUUUACCAUCUCUGUGUGGAUGAGACAUGGGCCCGGUGCUCAUGAGAAAGAGACCAUCCUUUGCAACUCCGACAAGACAGACAUGAACAGGCACCACUAUUCACUCUACGUGCACAACUGCAGGCUGAUCCUUCUUCUCCGUCAAGAUCCAUCUGUGGCAGAGAACUACAAACCAGCCGAGUUCCACUGGAAACUCGACCAGGUGUGUGACAAAGACUGGCAUCACUAUGUGUUGAAUGUGGAGUUCCCGACAGUGAUGCUCUUUGUGGACGGAACUACCUUUGAACCCUUUUUGGUCACUGAGGACUACCCGCUGCACGCUUCCAGGAUUGAGACUCAGCUCACCGUCGGUGCUUGCUGGCAAGACAACUCUGGACAUGAAAAUGACACUGAGACAGUCUCUGAGUCUUCCUCAGGCGGAAAUGCACGCAUGGCCCAGUUUUUCCGUGGAAAUCUUGCUGGGCUUAUGAUUCGCUCGGGCAAGCUGGAGAACAAGAAAGUUAUUGACUGUUUGUACACUUGCAAGGAGGGCCUGGACGUGCAGCUGCCCGAAGAAGUAGCCUCUACUGUCAAGGUGGAGUUUAACCCCAAUCAGUCCUCUCUGACUGUCGAGGGAGAUGAUAUUGACGCCUUUGACAAGGUCAUGCAGCACAUAUCCUACUUGAACUCUCGCCAGUUUCCGACACCCGGCAUCAGGCACCUUCGCAUCUCUACUUCUGUCAAAUGCUUCAACGAUGAGUCCUGCGUGACAAUGUCUGAUGCAGAAGGUUAUGUGAUGGUACUGCAGCCCGAGGAGCCGAAGAUUAGCCUGAGUGGCAUUGACCACUUUGCCCGCAGCGCUGCCGAAUUUGAAAGUCAAGAAGGUGUGACACUGUUCCCUGAGCUACGCAUUGUUAGCACCAUCACCCGUGAGGUGGAGGUCGAUGCUGAGUCCGAAGCCACUGAGCGAGUGGACGAUGACCCCACAGUCCAAGAGACAGUGGUGUCCGAAGAGAUCAUGCACAACCUGGACACAUGCGAAGUGACCGUGGUGGGAGAUGAUCUGGAUUCAGAGCACGAGGGUCUGGAGGUGGACAUGGAACAGCUGCAGCAACGCGGCCUUGAAAUGAGCUCCUCCCACCUGGGCCUUGUCAUCACAGGCGUGAACACCAUGGCAAACUAUGAGCAAGUCCUGCACCUCAUCCGUUACAAGAACUGGCACACCGAGGCGCUCUUCGAUAGGAAAUUCAAACUGGUGUGCUCUGAGCUCAACGGGCGCUACAUUAGCAACGACUUCAAGGUCGAGGUGAAUGUAAUCCACACAGCCAGCGCCAUGGAUCACGUGAACAAUGCCAUGGUGCAGCCCAACUUUAUCAACCCUGUGUAUCAGGCAUCAGUGGACCUGUCGGGUCACAACUUAGUCAACGCUCACCAGGCAUCAGUGGUUCCCAGCGCAGCCACCAUCGUCAUCGUAGUCUGUGUCAGUUUCCUGGUCUUCAUGAUCAUUCUCGGCGUGUUCAGGAUCCGGGCCGCACACCAGCGCACCAUGAGGGACCAGGACAACGGCAAGGAAAAUGAGAUGGACUGGGAUGACUCGGCCCUCACUAUCACCGUCAAUCCAAUGGAGACAUACGAAGACCAGCACAGCAGCGAGGAGGAGGAGGAAGAGGAGGAGGAAAGCGAGGACGGGGAGGAGGAAGACGAUAUCACGAGCGCCGAUUCGGAGAGCAGCGAGGAUGACGAGGGCGGCGAGCAGGAAGACCAGCAGGGAGCUAGCAGACAGCAGCAGCUGGAGUGGGACGACUCUACCCUCACCUACUAG